GGGUGGGUGUGGGUUUCGUGUUCCUGUCCGUGCUAAGCCCUGCCCUGUGGCGCGAACGCCAGUCACGUGCUCCCACUGCGGAAGGAGCGGAGGGGCGGGUCAGUAGGGGGCGGGGCGGCCGGGUCACAAGUGGCCGGAAGUUGCGGCCUUUGCGGAUAAUCUGAGAUGGCGACCACUCUAGACAUCAAGAUUAAAAGAGCGAACAAAGUGUAUCACGCCGGGGAAAUGCUCUCUGGUGUGGUGGUCAUCUCUAGCAAGGACUCAGUCCAGCACCAGGGAGUCUCUUUGACCAUGGAAGGGACUGUAAACCUCCAGCUCAGUGCCAAAAGUGUGGGUGUGUUCGAAGCCUUUUACAACUCUGUGAAGCCAAUCCAGAUUAUCAACAGCACCAUAGACGUGCUGAAGCCAGGAAAGAUUCCCAGUGGCAAGACUGAGGUUCCCUUUGAGUUUCCAGUGCUUGUGAAAGGCAGCAAGGUCCUGUACGAGACUUACCAUGGCGUGUUUGUCAACAUUCAGUACACCUUGCGCUGUGACAUGCGGCGGUCCCUGCUGGCCAAGGACCUGACCAAGACCUGUGAAUUCAUCGUUCACUCUGCUCCUCACAAGGGGAAGUUGACCCCAAGUCCUGUUGACUUCACGAUCACCCCAGAAACCUUGCAGAACGUCAAAGAGAGAGCUUUCCUUCCCAAAUUCUUCAUUAGAGGACAUCUGAAUUCCACUAACUGUGCUAUCACGCAGCCCCUGACAGGAGAGCUGCUGGUGGAACACUCGGAUGCUGCUAUCCGGAGCAUAGAGCUUCAGUUAGUCCGGGUGGAGACCUGUGGGUGUGCAGAAGGCUAUGCACGAGAUGCCACAGAGGUUCAGAAUAUUCAAAUCGCUGAUGGGGACAUUUGUAGGAAUCUUUCUGUUCCCCUGUACAUGGUCUUCCCCAGACUCUUCACCUGUCCAACACUGGAGACCACCAACUUCAAAGUGGAGUUUGAAGUCAAUGUGGUGGUCCUUCUUCAUGGUGACCACCUCAUCACUGAGAACUUCCCACUGAAGCUCUGUCGGACAUAGUCCAGCUGCAGGAAGGGGACAGCCAGAAUGGCCAUGCGGACAUUGACCCAGUCAUCUGCUCACAUGGAGACAUCACUCAGGCCACCUGCUCACAGCCAUCACGUCAGCAGUAUACAUCUUCAUGUCUUCUCGUGGCCUCAGAGCUUGUUUUCCUGCAGGCGCCUUGCCUCAGCCCUUACGUCUGGAAUGCCACAGGAUCUCAAGUGUGUUGCAAGGUCACAGAAAACAUUCCCGAUGGCUCCAGAUGUGUAGGUUCAUUAAGCAGUGUGUCUGCACUUCAAGAUUUGCUGCCUAGUGACCUAUGGAGGCAGAAGGGAACCCCUCUCCAUCUUGCCCAGCCUUCUGAUAGCAAAGAGUCAACAACCAGCACGCUCUUUGAUGGAGGGUGUGAUCCCCUCCAGGGAACGGCAGGAACUUCAUCUGGAAAUACGGAGCCUUUUCCUUCUUGGCAUCUUGAUAAUGUUUCACUAGAACUUCUAAAUUUUUUCAGGCACUGGAAAUAAAAAACAACAAAUAGUCCUUGUUUUCACAGAGUGAGAAUGGUGGACAGUGGCUGUUGCUGGAGUGUUUCAGUGUGUGCUACUGGCACACACAGUUAAUGCUGCCAUUUUCCCAGAAUGUAUUGAAAGACAAGGCGCUUGCAUAAGGGGAAGAAUGCAUAUUGGCUGCUGGUUAGUAGGUAGGUUCUGAGUGACAGGACACCACGCUGAGGAAGAAUGAUGGUCUUGACCUGUCCCUGACCCCUGGGCACAUGGCUUCCAGCCUGUUUUCCCUUAGCCUCACACUGUAACUAUGGGGAGUAUGUUGCAAUACUUUUCUUUCCUCCUGUCUUGCUCUUGUUCUGUUGGUCCGCUGCACACCAGCUGGCCUGCCUUCACAGGUUCUUGGGGGGCAGCCUAGGCAAAGCAGGCGAUCAUAACAGCUGAGGGCAACUGGGGCACUGCUGUUGGAGCCUCAACAAAGAAACUGCAAAGACUUAGCUGAGUCACCUGACAGUGGGUUCCGAGAGAAUGGAUUUCUGCUUUGUCAUACUUAUUCUUGUUGUACUUAAACAAUCUAGUACCCAAAAAUGUGGGCCAUACUUUCUAGUGAAUUGUAAGGAAAAGUCAUCUUUGAUUACAUAA